AUGGCAAUUGUUUCAUUGGCGGAAGAUGUUGAUCUCCUUUUGAACAUUUGUCCAGGUGAUUGGUCAUGCCGUUUGGAUGAUCCCAAUUCUUAUUUAAAACUUACUCCGCCAAAAUUCGAUCCACAUAUCUAUGAAUAUAACAUUUACAUUACUGACAAAUAUCCAUUCUACCAUCGAACCAAUCCGGUGACUGCUGAAAUCUUUAUCCGCAUGAAUGUUUCACAUGGAUUUCAAGAUUCAGUCAUCGCCAAGAGUGUCUUAUAUGAUGCUCUCGGAAAACAUAUUCUUAUAAUGACGGACUUUGCAUAUAGUUCUGACGAGAUGAUGCUGAUGUCAGCACUAUUAUGGAAACCACAAGAUAGAGUAUCUGGCAUUGAUACUAACGAUCAACUGACAACACAACUAGUCGUCUAUCGAUUCAAUGGUACUAUGCCACCUCUAUCUAGUCCACCAUAUACAAUAAAAUUCAGACGUAAUCAAUAA